UAAUGGAAGUGGAUGAAAAUUAUGAUGAAAAUGAGUGUAUUUUAGUAAAUACAUACAAUAAUGUGCUAGGUAUCGAACUUCUUGAAUAUAAUGGACAACUUCCUAUUAUUAAUAUACCAAUUAAUUUAGAAGUUGGAGUUAGUUUUCUGUUACCUAAAAUAGCUAAUCAUUAUAUCGAACAAUAUGCAUUGCAGCAACAUUUCGUAAUUUUUAAAGCAAAAUUUGAAGUUCAUAGUGAUAAAACCUUUUAG